GGCACAAGGCAGGGGACACCCUGGACGGGGUGCCAACCCAUCGCAGGGCACAAUCAUUCACACUCACACACCAAUGCACACAUUACCGACAGUUUAGAGAUGCCAGUCAGCCUAUGGUGCAUGUUUUUGGACUUGGGGAGGAAACCAAAUUACCCGGAAGAAACCCCCCGAAGCACGGAGAGAACAUGCAACUCCAUGCACAUGGGACGGGGCGGGAAUCGAACCCUCAGCUCUGGAGCUGAUUGAGCAUGGCCUCCCAGACAGCGUUUAAUCUCUGCACGGAUGACUUUGUGACAACUGGAGACGCUUCACUGCCAGAGGAACCUGGUACAGAGCUUCCCAUGCCUCAACCUGUGGUGCUGGCCAACGUGGCCCUAAAUACAGAGUCACCACCAGAGGAGGACAAGCAGAUGGCAGAACUGAUAAACGUCGGAUGCUGUGGCUACUCAGACAGCGAGGACGAGAACGUGGUCCACUACGGCUUCGAUGAUGCGGCUGAAAAUGUGGACGAAGGGACCGGGAUGGGAGAAAACACAGUAGAAAAAGUCCUCGAAACUACUGAGACGAUGCCAACUGACCUUUCAAAGAAAUCUCCUGAAACAGAACCUUCCGCAAAGCCUAAACAAAGUUCUGUUGCUGCGCCAAUUGCGGCAACAGAACCUGCAAAGAAAAAGAAGAAGCCGUUCUACUGCAAGCCAUGCCACUUUCAAGCUGAGUGUGAAGAGGAAUUUGUCCAGCACAUCCGCGUCCACAGUGCUAAAAAACUGAUUGCAGAAAAGGCAGGAAGUGGAAAUUCGGAUGACGAAUCAAAUCAGGCACAGCAAAAAUCUGCAGAAAACUGUGUCAAGGGCGUGAUCCGCUGUGAGCGCUGCGGCUAUAACACCAACCGUUACGAUCACUACGUCGCACACCUGAGGCACCACAAGAACGAAGGGGAUGAGCAGAGAGUGUUCAGGUGUACCAUUUGCCCAUACUCCACUGUCAGCCAGUAUCACUGGAAGAAGCACCUGAGGAACCAUUUUCCCAGCAAGCUGUUCACAUGCAACCAGUGCAGCUACUUCUCUGACAGGAAGAAUAACUACAUCCAGCACAUUCGCACACACACUGGUGAGCGUCCUUUCCAGUGUGUUUACUGUGACUAUUCAAGCUCUCAGAAGACCCAUCUCACACGGCACAUGAGAACACACUCUGGUGAGCGACCGUUCAAAUGUGACAGCUGCAGCUAUUUGGCAGCCAAUCAACACGAGGUGACGCGUCAUGCCAGGCAGGUGCAUAACGGACCCAAACCACUCAGCUGUCCUUACUGCCAGUACAAAACAGCCGAUCGCAGCAAUUUCAAAAAGCAUGUGGAGCUGCAUCUCAAUCCACGGCAGUUUCUUUGCCCCGUCUGCAAGUAUGCUGCAUCCAAGAAAUGCAACCUGCAGUAUCACAUCAAGUCCAGGCACCCAGGAUGCUCUGAUAUCUCCAUGGACGUGUCCAAGGUCAGGCUAAGGGUGAAGAAAGCAGAUGGGGAUGAUUCAAACGUAGGCCCCAUCAACCUCUCUAUUAAAAAGAGUGGAAAGACAAAUUUGGAUGGUGAGAGUGCCAAAAAACCCACAUCCGAACCCACGAAAGAAAAAACAUGUUUGAAGAGAGUGGAGAAAAGAGCUGCGCCAAGAAAUGAAGGAAACGAAACAAGCAGCAAGAAAGCGAGAAUUAAAGAAACUGUCCCCUGUGUUGAGAAACAAGAUGGAAGGAAAGACAAGGAGGUGAAAAAAGCAGAGAAGGUUGCAAAAUCUGCUGACAGAGUCACUAAAAGUCGCACUAAAAAAGAAGAAAAGGCUGCAAAGGAAAAGAAAGACAUAUUCACCAAAAAUCAGGAUGGUUCUGAAGAGGAAAACAGAGCAGAUCUCGAGAAGAGGCAGCCGAAUCAAAGGAUUGAGAAAGAAACGAGAGCAAAGGAGCAGAAGCAAAGAGAGGAGGAGGAAAGACGAGAAAGAAAGAGGCAGGAGUAUGAAAGACUGGUGAGAGCAAAGAAAGAGAAAGAACAGAAGCACAGGGAGGAGGAGGAGAGGAGAGUAAGAGAGCAACAGGAGAAAGAAAGACUUGAGCAGGAAAUGAGGGAGAAGGAGCAGGAAGAAAGGAGAGAAAGAGAGAGGGUGGAGAAAGAAAUGAAGGAGAAAAGUGAGGAGGAGGAACAGAGAAAGAGGGAUAGGCUGGAGAAAGAAAUGAGAGCAAAAGAGCUGAAGCAGCAGGAGGAGGAAGAGGAAAGAAGAAAAAGCGAGAGAGUGGAGAGAGAAUUGAGGGAGAAGGAGCUAAAGCAAAAGCAGGAGGAGGAAUGGAGAGAAAGAGAGAGGCUGGAGAAGGAAAGCAAACUCCAGAAAAAUGAUGUACAGAAAAGAGAGGUGGAAAAUGUUAAAGGUUCCAAAAAGGCACUAACCAGGAAAGCAACCAAGAAACAGGCAGGAGCAGUGAAUUGUGAUGUUCUGGAGAAGCCUCCGAAUCAUGAGGAAGCCAAGCCGAAAAUGGUGAAACGCAAAAAAGCAGAGAGUGCUCCCUCUCCUCAGGCAGAUAAGACCAAACGCAGGAAGGUAAAGAUUGCAAACAGUCAACACACAAGCAUAAGCACAUCUGAAGAGGUGAAGAGGUCAAAGGGCAAUGGAAGGCAAAGCAGAAAGACAAGCAAGGCGGCGGUAGGUGUUGAGGCAGCAAAAGCUCUGGAACAUUCCUCCGAACCUAAAAAAGUGCAGUCCAGCCCAGUAAAAGUUCAAAUCUCAACAGAGAAAGUGUCUCGCACUUCUGAAGAGCUGAGCAUAACCAAAAAUCCAUCAGAGGAGCCGUCUUUAGAAGAUGAAAUCACAAGCGUGAAGACCACCAUUGAAGGAAAGGGCACUGUGGAAGCACAGACAUCUUCAGAUAUCGAUAGUGGGACAGAUAGUCCAACACUGGACCUGUCCAAACCACCGUGUAGCAAAUCUCAGGACGGUGAAGACGAUGAGGGCAUCCACAGCCAUGAUGGCGGAAGUGACAUCAGCGACUGUGCCUCGGAGGUAAGUUACGACUCCGGGCUCAACGGGAAGCUUCCGGAAACACCGACUGAAGAGCUUCCGUCGCCCACGCAGUUGCUCAGCCACACGUGCGUGUUCUGUGACCGCACUUUCCCGCUGGAGAUGGACUACAGGCGGCAUCUCAAUCGCCACCUGGUUAACGUCUAUUACCUGGACACUGCAACACCGGGGAAAUAGUAGACUUCAUUUUCAGUCAUCUUGGUCAUUUAAAAGUGUCCAGUAGCAACCAUAAUUCAAGGCAGCUGGAUUUCGACUAUCAUUUAAAGCCUGACUUGCCUCUAGACAUCUUGACUUAAAGCCUCAGUAUUCUUUAUACAGAGAUGACAGUUGGAAGAUUUAGCAGAUGGUGCAUUUAGGAGGCAUUCUUUCACUAAUUAAUCAUCAUUUUGUCAUUUACCUCUCCCUGUGAGCUUUUUCUGGGCAUAUCUAAACGUAAAUCAGCUGUGCUGUGAAUAUGGUUGGUAAUUUCUGUCUGAUUGGCAUUUAUCAACAUGUGCACCUGAGUACGAAGAAACUCAGCGUUAGCAAAACUGGUCAGUCUGCCUGGAAUUUUUUGUUCAGUUUGGCGUACAAAAAUAUUUGCACACAGUGUUUUUUUGUUUUGUUUUUUUUUUUUU